AUGUCUACCGAACAGCCUGCCGAGGCGCCGUCCAGCGGCUCCCUCGCCGAUCGCAUCUCCAAACCUGAGGAGUCACAGCCCGAACAACCCACGAAAUGGGCCGAUGAAGCCGAUGAGAACGAUCAGAACGAUGGCGCCACGCCGCAGCAGGGCGGCUCCGACCUUCAAGAGCCCGACUACACCGUCGAGGUCAAACUGAGCGAUCUCCAGGCCGACCCCAACAACCCGCUUUACUCGGUCAAGAACUUCGAAGAUCUCGGAUUAGACCCCCGCAUUCUGCAAGGUCUCUCCGCGAUGAACUUCCGUAAACCCUCAAAGAUCCAAGAACGUGCUCUGCCCCUGCUACUCAGCAGUCCCCCCAAGAACCUGGUCGGUCAAUCCCAGUCCGGUACCGGAAAGACGGCCGCCUUCGUCCUGAAUGUCCUCAGUCGCCUGGAUCUAUCGUCGGAACAACUACAGAAGACCCCGCAGGCGCUGAUCCUGGCUCCGACUCGUGAGCUGGCGCGCCAGAUCGUCGGCGUCGUGCAGGUCAUGGGUCAGUUCUUGGAGGGUCUGGCUAUCGGGACUGCCGUGCCCGCCGACACCAACAGCCGUGUUGCGAAGAUGGAAUGCGCCGUGGUCGUCGGCACUCCGGGUACCGUUAUGGAUAUGAUCAAGAAGCGCGUCAUGGUGGCCAACAAGCUGAAGGUACUCGUUCUGGACGAGGCCGAUAACAUGCUCGACCAGCAAGGUCUGGGUGAUCAGUGUAUUCGUGUGAAGGCUCUACUGCCGAAAGACAUCCAGGUCGUUCUCUUCUCCGCCACCUUCCCUGAACACGUUCAUGCCUACGCCUCCAAGUUCUGUCCGAACAGCAACGAAAUCACUCUGCAACACGAUGAGUUGACGGUGGAGGGUAUCAAGCAGCUCUACCUGGACUGCGCCAACGAUGAUGAAAAGUACGCGCAUCUGGUCAAGCUCUACGGUCUUCUUACCGUGGGAUCUUCUAUUAUUUUCGUCAAGACCCGUCACUCUGCCGCGGAGAUCGAGAGACGCAUGGUCGCCGAAGGCCACACCGUUGCGUCGUUAACCGGUGGUAUCGAGGGUUCUCAGCGUGACGCCGUCAUUGAUCAGUUCCGUGCCGGACAUGCCAAGGUCCUGAUUACGACCAACGUCCUUGCCCGUGGAAUCGACGUGUCCACCGUUUCGAUGGUUGUCAACUACGACAUUCCCGAAUUGCACCAGCCCGGACGCGAGCGCCAGGCUGAUUUCCAGACUUACCUGCACCGUAUCGGUCGGACCGGACGAUUCGGUCGUGUGGGAGUCUCGAUCUCGUUCGUGGCGAACCGCGACGAGUGGAACAUGCUCAACCAGAUUCAGAGAUAUUUCAAUACGGACAUCCAGCGGAUUGAUACCAAAGACUGGGACGAGGUGGAGGACAUCAUCAAGAAGACUAUUAAGAACACCCGUGCCCAAGCCGGUUUUGGGCGGUGA